AUGACUGCCUCAACCUCCAACAUCCCCCCCUUCGAAACAACCUUCGCCGUCCCACUCUCCUGCGAAUCCUGUAUUAAAGACGUCUCAACCUCCCUCUACAAACUCCCGGGAAUCCACAACGUCUCCGCAGAUCUCGCAUCACAACUCAUAAGUAUCACGGGCAAUGCAGCACCUUCGGCGAUUGUGAAGGCGAUCGAAGAUACUGGACGAGAUGCCAUAUUAAGAGGCAGUGGGAAGACAGGCGAGGAGGCUGCAGUUUGUAUUCUGGAGACUCAUGCUAGUCAUGUGAGAGAUGGGGUGAGGGGCUUGAUUCGCAUGGUGCAGGUUGGGGAGAAUUUGACGAUUGCCGAUGUUACGGUGAAAGGUGUGAAGCCGGGCGAGUAUAGGAUCACGGUUCGGGAGGCCGGGGAUAUUAGUCGCGGCGCAGCGAGUACGGGUGGGAUUUGGGAUGCGGUCCAGGCGGAAAAGGAGGGUAGACAAGUGGUGAAGGGCGUCUUCGGGACCGUCACCGUCGGACCGAGUGGAUUGGGAUCUGUGUUUCUGGAUCGACCGGUCAAGAUUUGGGAGAUGAUUGGAAGGAGUUUUGUUGUGACGAGGCAAGAGGAGGGGAAGUUUGAGAAGGAGGACGAGGAUACGCUUGUUGGUGUUAUUGCGAGGAGUGCCGGUGUUUGGGAUAAUGAUAAGACGGUCUGCAGUUGCAGUGGGAAGACGGUCUGGGAGGAGAGAAAGGAGCAGAGAGGGAAGGGAAUGCUCUGAACUGGAUGUGUUACAGCCCCUGCGACACAAGCUCAGCAUACGGCCACUUGUCCUGCUUUGAGCUCAG